CCGGAACUGGGCCAAUACGCCAACCGCCGCGUCACCCCCAAAUUCCAUUCGGUACCCCAUUUCAACGUUUAUACCCGGAAAUCGCAGCGCCAGAAAUUCAAAGGUCGAAACAACGAGAGGGAAAGGUCUUCCUUUUGCAAGAGAACUCGGUCUCGGCGCUUCAACCCGCAACCAACACGCUCAAUAUCGGUCGGAUUUAACCUGGUAAUCCACCCCUCAAUCGAAGCGCCACCCCCGCAAUGUUUGGCUUCGGCGACGAGGACAAAGAGGCCGGCCACCACCUGCUCGAACACGACGAUAGCGCCCUCGAGACAGAUGAGACAGCGCGCGGCACCGCGUGGGACAAUGUGCAGUCUGCGGACUCGGGACGGACAACACCGAACCACUCGGAAAUCUGGGAACAAGAUCCGCUGCACGACGGGAGUCACGAGCUGCACGAUAUCUCCAAAGCUUCUCGCGGCGACAGCGCCGCUGGGUCGUCGCAGAAAGACACGCGGCGCCCAAGACGGCAAAGGCCUCCACCCGAAGACCUCGCCGAAGCCGCGACGGAGCUGGAGGGCGAAUUUGAGCGCAUAUUUACACCCAUGAAGAAGGCGCAGGAAGACAGGACGCGGUUCCACAACGAGUUGGACGCGGCGUGCGAGGCGUAUGCAGCGCGGCUAGGGGAGAUGCGCGAGGAGCAUCGAGGGCUAGAGCGGGCGAUCGAGCGGCCGUGGCUGCUGGCGCGGCGGCGGCGGCAAUGGGAGCGGUUUGCGGCCGUGGUGCGGCGCUUCAACACCGUGGCGACGUGCUUCUACGGAGGCACCGUCGGUCACCUUGAUGAAGUGCCUCCCCAGGUGCCCUGGCCGCCGCCGCACCUGACGCGCAUGAAGGAACACCACGCCGACGCCGCGCGCGCCCUGCACGAGGCCCACCGCGCCGUUGUCGACGACUUGCGCACCAAGCAUCAGUGCGAGCUCGACGACGAAGGACAACCUCGUUCAAAGCAUGUGUGCGUCGAUCGCAGCCUCCUGCUCGAUGAGGCAUGCGGCGGGGGCGGAUGCGGGGGGGACGGGCCCGUUCCAACUGAUGACGACGCCGAGUGAGAGUCUCACUGGUGCCUUGCUAUGUGACUUGGUUGAUGUUGGAUUCACCAGGGUACCGGUACUGGAAGCAACAGGGCGUAACUGUACGCCGAAAACUGGUGGUUCAAGUGAUGGAUUGUUCUGUAUAUUUUCUUCUUCUCCCU